UGCGCUCCGCGCCCCCGCGUGCCUCCCAGGAGUCCCCGUGUGCCUGCCCAGCGACUGCCCCGCCCCCCGCAUGUGCCUGCCCAGCGACCCCUGUCUGUCUGCCCAGGGCUUCGGGUGUGCCUCCCAGCGCGCCCUCUACGCCUGCCCGGCCACGCCUGUGCGCGGAGCUCCUUGUGAGCCCGCCUAGGUGAGCCUCGAGGACCCGCAGUUGCAAGCAGGCGCUCUCGUUCUGCAACUGGGACGGGUAGCACAGUGUCCCGCGCUGCCCAUGCGAGAUGAGAACCCAGAGGGCUGAGGAGCCGCGCAGCCCCCGCCCUGCCCAGCUGCGUGAGGACGUCGCAGAGAUGCCUGGCGGGGGCGCUGGCCGCGAGCUCAGGGGCCCUGUGGAAGGGAGGUCCCGGGCCGCCUUUCUCCCACCCUAGUGCAGAGUUCACGGGCGGCUCCUGCAACUGCGCUCGGGACUCUGCAGGACGGAGCAGGCUACAGCGCGCCAUCACCUCGGGCGCUGAUGGUUUGGCAAGGACAGGGAGGAACGAGGGAGGGAGGAGGGCGGAAGGGAGUUGCCACCACCACCCGGUGUGCGCAGAGGCCAGUGUGCGCAGAGUCCCACCGAGCUGAGGCGAGCAGGCAGGAGGAGGGCUGCGGAGCCGCGAAGCCGCAGGGGUUCAUGGAGAGUGCGUGUGGCCCAGAGGAGCUGGGAUGGGCGCUGGCUUGGGCCAUGGCUGCCCCCAGGAUCGAAGCUGUCAUCAGGGAGAAGCACAGAAUGGGGGAGUGUCCCGUGUGGGAGGAGGAGACCGGGCAGCUGGUGUAUGUGGACAUCAACGCCAGGACCGUGUGCCGGUGGAACCCACUCUCCGGGGAGGUGCAGACCGUGGGCCUGAGAGACCCUGUUGGCUGUGUGGCUCUUCGCAGGAAGGGCAGCUACGUGGUGGCCUCUGGCACCUGCCUGGGCCUCCUGGACUGGGAGACACAGCAGGUGCAGUGGGUGGCCAGGCUGGACCAGGACAAGCCCCACAACAGGUUCAACGAUGGGAAGGUGGACCCUGCUGGGCGGUUUGUGGCAGGCACCAUGCCGGAGGCGUCCGCCCCGGGGGUGUGGGAGCCAGGGCAGGGCUCCCUGUACACCCUCUGCGCUGAUCACUCCGUAGUCAGACAGCUGGACCAGCUGGGCAUCCCCAACGGGCUGGACUGGUCCCUGGACCACCGCACGUUCUACCACGUGGACAGCCUGGACUACGCCGUGCGGGUCUAUGACUACGAUGUGCAGACCGGAAGCCUGGCAAACCCUCGGCUGCUGUGCCAGCUGGAGCCGGCGCAAGGCAUGCCCGAUGGACUGUGCCUGGACACCAUGGGGACACUCUGGGUGGCCUGCAUCGACGGAGGCAGGGUGAUCCGCGUAGACCCUGAGACAGGGACGCAGCUGUGCACCCUGGAGAUGCCAGUGUCCAGGGUCACGUCCUGCUGCUUCGGGGGACCCGACUACUCCGACCUGUACGUGACCUCUGCUGCGGACGGCCUGAGCCUGGAGCAGCUGUCGCGGGAGCCGCAGGCGGGACACGUCUUCAAGGUCACAGGUCUGGGGGUGAGAGGCCUCGCGUCCCGCCCCUUCACUGGCUGACGGGCACCACUGUCCAGAGUAGCUCAGGCCUCUCUGUCCUCGGGGCUGGGCCAGGCUCAGCUCUGGUGGGGUGCCCCCCGCCCCAGCUGCUGGUUCACAGUGGACAAUAAAAGUGG